CACAGAUCCAUUAACAUCCCAGUUUGCAUAAUCCAGCGGAACGUGACACGGACGAUUCUGGAACCAGUCAAUUGUUGCUGCCGCUGGUAAACAUAGGAAAGAGCUCUUCUGUUGAUGGUCCCUCCAUAAAAGUGGAACAUUACAAACCCCCCGAUAGAAGAAGAAGCCAUGGAUAAGAUAUUAGAAGCCGUCAUGCAGUCUUCUUAUCCCAUGUACGUCAAGCAGAGCUUAGCACGACGUGUCAUCGAAGCUUCCAAGCAGCCUAUUGACACUGAGCAAUGUUGGUCCAUGUUAGAACUUUCCACCAAGCUCUUCUUCCUGGGCGAAUCCCGUUUUGCCAGGGAAACGGCCAGAGAAGUCCUGGAAGUCUACGGCAGGUACCACCCAGAUGAAUUUGAGGAAUUUUUCAAUGAGAUGUUCAUAAUGAGUCUUCUUCAGGAAGGAUACGGGUCUCUCGGGAAGAGACAUGCCUACAUCUUGGACUACAUCCAUCACGGCCUACAGUUUGUGUCGGACAAACCUUCUGCGGAGGAGAUCUUUCGGCUGUUGAGGAUAGAAGUUCUCCGCAUCGUCUGCGAGAGGCCGAGUCUUUCAAUCUGCGUGAGGGUCAGCAAACUCUUGAGCUGCUACCCUCAAUGUGUCCCGGAAGGGAACCACCGGCUCCUGUUCUGCCAACAGAUGAUGAGGUGCAUCGGGCAGUUCCACUGUCAUUCCGAAGGAGAGGAAGGGAUCAUACAGUUUCUGGACCAGGUGAACAGAGUCAGUGCUCUUCUGCAGAGUAUCUGGAGGCUUCAGUCUUCACUGGUCCUUCCAUCCCUUAAGGAGCUAUUCGCUAUUAUAUCUCUAACAGAUGAGAUGGAGACGCCCUCCAGUGCCCUGGCCAGUGUGGUGCAGUAUAUCCCCCUGCAGCUCAUGGAAGGCAUCGUACGAAAUUUGGCCAAUUCAGACAGCGUGACCGACGCCCAGAUGAUGACCGCCAUUAACAGGAUGAUCGACUGGGUGUCAUGGCCGCUUGGCAAGGACAUAGACAAGUGGAUUAUCGCUUUGUUAAAGGGGCUCGCCGCUGUGAAGAAGUUCAGCAUUCUGACCGAGGUUUCCCUAUCAAAGAUUCAAAAGGUGUUCUCAAAGCUGCUGUACCCGGUGGUGCGAGAGGCGGCGCUGUCCGUCCUCAGGUACAUGCUGCUGAGUUUUCAGCACUCGCCCGAUGCGUUUCACUUGAUCGUUCCUCACAUCCCGCAGAUGGUUUCCUGCCUCUCCAACGAGGGUACAAAUUCGGCCUCCAGCUGCCUGGAGCAGUUGGCGGAGCUCGUCCACUGCAUGGUCUUCCGCUUCUCCGGGUAUCCAGAUCUGUAUGAACCAGUCAUGGAAGCGAUAAAGAAGUUACCAGUCCCCAAUGAAGAUCGAAUAAAACAGCUUCUGGGGCAGAACGCGUGGACCUCCCAGAAGAACGAGCUGGCGCCAUAUUACCCCAGACUGGUAUCCAAGUCAGACACUGGGAAGAUCGGCCUGGUGAACCUGGGGAACACCUGCUACAUGAACAGCAUCCUGCAGGCCUUGUUUAUGGCUUCAGAUUUCAGGCACUCGGUUCUCUGUUUACGAGACAGCAGCUCCCAACCCCUGAUGAUGAAGCUGCAGCAUGUGUUUGCUUUUCUAGAGCACAGCCAGCGCCCAGCUAUCUCACCUGAAAGUUUCCUGGCAUCAUUUUGGCCUCCUUGGUUUACACCUGGUGUGCAGCAGGACUGCUCAGAGUAUCUGAAAUAUCUACUAGAUCGGCUUCAUGAAGAGGAAAAAACAGGCAAAAGAAUAUCCCAAGCUCUCGCCCAGACCAACUGCAGUUUCCAAGUGAAGAAAACAAUCUUGGGCAACAGAACAUUGGUGGAGAAGAUGUUUGGCGGUCGAAUAGUCACUAAAAUUCGGUGCCUGAAGUGUCACAGUACCUCAGCCAGAGAGGAGGCUUUCACUGACUUAUCUCUAGCUUUCCCACCACGAGAUGACUCAAAAACAAAGCUUCCCAAGUCUGCCAUGUCUUCUGGUGUGUCACUUAGAGAUACAGGGCCCAAAAAUCUUGAAGGCCAAGACCAGCAGCCAACAAGUUCUCCGCAACAUGGAACAUGGAAACCAAAAGCCAAUGAAGACCAAGGGAAAGUAAUACCUGUCAAAUUAUCAGACAAAGAACAUUCCCAAGACAAAGAUGAGAACAAUUGUUCCUUGCCUGGAAGCCACGACUCGGUCGCUUCUUCGGAGUUGAAGAAAUGUUCCCUUACCCUAUCAGACUUGAUCAACCAUUUCUUAUGCCCUGAGAUGCUGACUGAAGAUAAUCAGUAUCGAUGUGAAACAUGUUCCUCCUUACAAGAUGCCGAGAAGGUGGUGGAGCUCACCACAGGUCCACAGUACCUGAUCUUGACUUUGCUAAGGUUUUCUUUCGACUUGAAGGCCAUGAGAAGGAGGAAGAUCUUAGACAAUGUGUCCAUUCCCUUGAUGCUAAAAUUACCAGUGCAAAUCAAUCCUCAUCGGUCGGAGAACGGCUGUAUAGAAAGUAGUAGUAGUAGUAGAUCCACCUCGGCCGACGUCUGUCAGUCCUCCACCUAUGACUUGUGCACAGUUAUCGUGCACUCUGGACUGUCUUCAGAAAGUGGACAUUAUUAUUGCUACUCCAGGGACUGCAUGGACAGAGAUGGUCAUAAGCCACCCAUUACCGGGAUGAAGAAGUUUGCAAGCGACAAACAUCUAGACAUGGAGAUCCAGUGGUAUCUGUUUAACGACACCAGAGUCUCCUUCUCAUCCUUUGAAUCUGUCAGCAACAUCACUUCCUUCUUCCCCAAGGAUACGGCCUAUGUUUUGUUCUACAGACAUCGGACUCAAGGCCAAACGGGCUCUGAUCUAGAUUCACGGUCAUCGAAGUCACACGGAGAUUCUGCUCUCAGCAAGGAACUCAUGGAAGCCAUCUCCAAGGACAACAUCCAGUAUCUACAGGAGCAAGAAAAGGAAGCAAGGAACAGGGCGGCUUAUAUCUCUCCUCUGCUGAAGUCCCCUCUGUGGUGGCAGGACUUUGACAAGGACAGUGAUGAUGACAGUUCUGCGGGUGGUCUGGGAUCCGCCGCUGGUGGUUCCUCCGGUUCCUUUCAUGGUCUCGUGUUUUAGAAGCUUCAGGUGCACGUGAUACUCUUCUGAUUGUAGAGAUGCAAAAAAGCA